AUGAAUGCCAUGCCACCAGCCAUCGCCCAAUUUGGGCUUGUGAUUGCUGGUCGCCCCGUUAUCACCGACUUUUGCGGGAUUGGGCCAGCGCAUUAUGUUGUGGAUAUUUUGGAGCCGACUCAAGUGACGGACCUCACAUUUUUUUUAUUACCAAGCUCGCCUGUAGCCCCUGGGUAUGGAGCUGUACUGUACUUUGCAGUACCAGCGCUACAGAAUUGGCAAUUGCUGGGCACUGUGUUUGCUGAAAAACCCAGCGCUAUCUUUAGGACGUCUUGGCCAACGCAUCCUGAUGUUGUGGGUCAGCCAGUACUGCAGCUUGGUGUAUCUAUUGAAAGCCUGGAUAACGUCAAGAAUCUGGGAAUUGAGGCUAGUGGAUUGGAGGAGCGCAAGGCUUUUGCACUAAAAAUUGCCCAAGAUUUAUUUAAUUACCUUAGCUCGUUUUCAAGCAGCAGUAGCCAAGGCUACAUGACGAUUCCUACCAACCUAUUAGACAAGUGGAUGGAGCGAUUUGAAGCAAAAUACCGACGAGAUCCCAAUUUUAUGAUGAAAACUUUGUGA